UGAAAUGAAUCCAAGCCUCCUCAUUUUGGCUCUUCAGUUAUUAUAGAAAUAUCUUUGUGGUAUGUCAUUAUGGAAUAUCGUAAUGGGACAUCAGCUGGCCAUAUUUAUGGAAUAUCAUAAUGGGACAUCAGAUGUCUCUGGAUCUUAACAGAGUAUCGUUGUGUCGACCAAUGGCUAUCAAAAAUUUCGACAGGUAACUAACUGCACUUCUUGGCUGGAGCUUACGACUCCCAGCUUCCAGCUGCCAGGUCUCAGCUCUCAGCUCCCAGCGCCCAGCUGUGUCUCAGGCGUCUUGCCAUUACCUUAUAACUUGUUUCUGGUCUUGGUCUGGUGUCUUGGUCUUGCAUAACGCGUCGCUGGGCUGCCGCAGUUGUUGCCUUCUUUGGCUGCAAUUUGGCGGCAUCUUCGCUGCAUCUUCUGCUUUUGCUGUUGUUGUUGUUGUUGUUGGUGUCAUUGCUUGGCAAAAGGUUUCGCGCAAAAUCAAAUAUUUUUCCCGCGUUUUGCGCAUUGAGGUUGCCACAAAAGUUUCCCAUAUCAUAAAGUCUUACUUAUUGAUGGCAUGACUUGGCUACUCUGAUUGCUAUUGCCAAUUUCUCUAUUUGUUUGUUGCAGACGCAAUCGAUGCUUGGCCCUAGUCCUGCUGGCCAUGGGUCUGUGCGCCUGCGCACAUGCUGCCGCCACGGGUGCACCCACAGCCACGGCCACCACGGAGAAGCCGAAGGGAUUUUCCGCACGCUCCCUGGAUGUGAGUGCCAGCGGCGAUGAUGAGGAUGAGUUUGAGACGCAGGCACAAACACAUUUGGCCUAUCGCCAGCCGCAGCAGCAACAGCAGCGACCGCUGUACGAAUACAGCGAAGAGGAUCAGGAGGAGGCGCCGCGCCAGGUUUACGUCAAUCGCAACAAUGCCAAACAGCAGAACAAUUAUCUCAAGAAGCGGCCGCUGAGCGAGGAGAGCGAGGAGGAGGAGGAAGAAGUUGAGGAGCCCGAUCGUCUGUCCACGCUGCUUAGCAAGUCCUCAUUCAGCUGCACGGAUCGCAACUCUGGCUACUAUGCGGAUGAGUCGCUGAGCUGCGAGGUGUUCCAUUACUGCCAGGAGAGUCAGAAGCAUUCGUGGAUAUGCCCCGAGGGCUUCACCUUUCAUCAAAUCCAUUUGAUUUGCAUGCCCCCAUCGCACGACAACAUCUGCAAGCAGUCCUCCAAGUACCAUAUUGUCAAUGACUAUCUGUACAAGCCAAUCAAUCUGCAGGAGCAUCAGAGCAAACCGAAUGUAACGCUGCGCUACUCGGAGCGCUAUUUCCCAGAGAACUACUACGAGCACGAGCGCUACGACGACGAGGAGGAGGAGGAGGUGCAGCCCGCGCCCAGGCCACGCAUACAGCAUCAGCAGCAGCAGCCACAGCAGCAUCGUCAGGCGCUUGCUUAUCAACCGCAGCCGCAGCAGCACCAAGUGCGCGUCCAAUACCAACAACAGCCGCAACAGCAGCAGCAGGUCGUCACACAGAUACGUCACCAGCAGCCGCAGCCCACGACAAUCGCCUAUCGGAAGCCAUUGCCCACGACAACCAUACAGCCGCAGAUACAGCCACAGCUGCAAUUGCAUCAGCUGCAUCAGCAUCAUCAGCAGCAGCAAAGGCCGCAGACGCUGGCGCCCACAGUGACACCGGCGCCACAGUAUCGCUUCUUUACGGCCGCGCCGCUACAGCAUUUGCAUCAGCAGCAGCAGCAGGUCUACCGUACGCCCGAAGAGAUAAAUAUAUCGCUGCAGCAGCGCCGGCCACAGGUGUUCAUUGCCUCGACAACGCCGCGCUACUAUGAGGACGAGUACCUGUACGAGCGAAGGAAGUGAGCAUCAUGAGUUGACCGUCUCGUCUGGCCAGCUGGUCGCACUCAAUGCAAACAGUCUUGUCGUUCCACGCCUUGUGUUUUGGAGUGUUUCUCUUUAGCUUUAAGCUCUGUCAGCGCCCU